AUGAAUCCGGAUAACAAUCUGGUUGCACGCACCAACACAGUCCUACCACCGAGAAGGAAGCCAUCAUCAUCCACACAACGUCAAAGUGAUAUACCCAACAACAAUAACAAUCACCAUCAACGGGUCGUCAGCAUGAGUAGCGUCUCUAGUCGAGGAAGCAGUACAUUUGCAAGCCCACGUUAUCCAAGCGGCAUGACCACCCUGACGUCAUUGUCAUCCGACCCACCAUCUACUUGCAUAUCUCGCUCAUCAUCCACCUCUGUCAACAACAACAACGCUUAUCAACACCAUCAGCAAUACGACACGAAUCCGAUUUCCGAAGAUCAAUUCGAUAUUAUCAACAAUCUCGAUUACGACGACGUGGACGAUGGAUUGAUUGAUCAGGAACUCGGGCAUCGUAAUCGAGAAGAGAUUGUGCAUCAAUUAUAUGCUUCUGAACGUGCCUAUAUCGAAUCACUCAACUUGCUAUUGAACGUCUUUCUCAAUCCUUUACGCAAAGAUGCCAAGCAGUCAUCCUUCAAGCUCCUCGGUAUGAAGAAAAUGGUUUGCACAGAGCGUGAGAUUCGAUGGCUCUUUGGCAACCUUGAUGAGAUUAUCCAGACCCAGCGGGAUAUUUUAGCAAGCUUGGAGGAAAGAUUACAGAUUUGGGGCCCUACACAAAUCAUCUCGGAUGUGUUCCACAGUUGGUUUUCAUCUUUGAGCGUUUACCAUGCAUAUCUCGAUAAUUACGAUGUGGCUGUCACAACCUAUGAACGUCUUACUCGAUAUCAGCCAUUCAAAAAGUUUAUUGACUCAGCUCACAAGGAUCCAUCACUUCGGGGAGCAACACUUUUAUCCCUUCUCCAAAUCCCGGCAGGGUGCAUCAACCGAUACGCUCAAUUGAUUAGUAAAUUGGCUGACAUGACAACACCCAUGCAUCCUGAUCAUAUGGGCUUGAGCUCUUGCAAGCAAAUGGUGCUCAACUUGGCUGAAGAAUUGAAACCAAAAGUGGAUGAUGCAGAUAAUGUUGAUCAAGUCUUAAUGAUUCAUCAAGCACUCGUGGGUGCUCCUUUUGGUGUCAAGGCACAACGACGAUUGAUGUUGCAAGGGCAACUAUCGCGCGUGGUAGUCAACUCUCGAUCAACGGGCGAGGAACGUACCUACUUUUUGUUUUCAGACUUGCUGGCCAUUGUCCGACCAAAACAAGAAGGGAAGCGCACUGUACUUCAAUACAAGGGUCAUUUGAAUCUCGAGCGGGCUCGAAUCAGGGCACUUGAAAAAGAGGAAGCGGGUGGACAAGAGCAUUGUAUUGAGAUCAUUUCCUCAUUCCAUGGCGUGGAUACCCUCAAUACCACUUAUAUGGGUGCACCUACUGUACAUGUAUUGCGGGCCAACAAUCGUGAAGAACAAGAGGAGUGGCUAAAGCAAUUGGAUUUGGUCAUUGGCAAACUCGAUAGAGCUGCUGCAAAGGCACGCCAUGCUGCAGCAGCACGACGUAUGGCACAUGGUCGAGCAGGGAUGGAUCCUGCCAUGCGACGUUCUGGAUCAUCCUCCAAAUCAUCUAGCAUUUCUUCAGGUAGUAGUAGUACUGGUGCAACCUCUUCGAUCCCGGAAAACUCUAUUUCUUCUCGACGAUAA